AUGCCCGUUCGACACCACCUCCAGACUCUUGACAACCGUGUGCGUGGCCGCCUAGCCCUGGUGACCGGUGCAAGCGGCGGCAUCGGCGAGGGUUGCGCCCGAGCCUUGGCCUCCGAGGGUUGUGAUGUUGUUAUCCACUACUCAACCAGCAAGGUCGGCCGCCAUUCCUCAUUCCCCUGCCACCGAAAGCGUGCGUUCAAACUCGGUGCUGACGCUGACGGUGAGAGAGCCGAGGUUGUGGCAAGCGACCUGAGGACCCAAUAUCCCGACCAGGUCUUUGCCACGGUUGCAGCCAAUCUGGCCGAUCGCGGGUCCGCACGUGGCUUGGUCCCCAACGUUCUAGGCCAGCCGGAGAUCUCAUCCAAGCACAAGGCCAUCUCCAUCUUGGUCGCCAAUGCCGCAAAUGGCCGACGCAUCAGGGAUGUUGGUGAGAUCGGAGAGGACGACUGGGAUGAGAUGAUGGAGGUCAACAGCCGGAGUCAGUUUGUCGUCUCCAAGGCGUGCAUCGAGGGUAUGAGGGCUCAGUCAUGGGGGCGCAUCAUCUUGAUCGGGAGCAUUGCCAGUCGCGGCGGAGGCAUCAACGGCUGUCACUACGCUGCCUCCAAGGGAGCCCUCUCGUCCAUGGGGAUGAACUUGGCCACGCUUUUGGCGCCCGAGGGAAUCACGGUCAAUGUGGUAUUACGUUUCGCUACUCGUCUGGUAUUGUCGCUGGAGCUAACCUUGUCUGCUACGUGUUUACAGAUCCAGCCUGGUAUGAUGGUACCAUCAGGAAUGGUUCCAACACCAAAGGGGUCGAGCUGGGAGGAGGGAUGCGACAUGGAGAGGCUGAGGGCCGAGGACCCAGGCCUAGCCAUCGCGACCAUGGUGCCUGUCCGCCGUCCCGGUAACCCAGCAGAGGUUGGCAAUGCCGUCAACAUGUGA